CAUUUUCCGUUUGAUAACCAUUUUACCGCUAAAACAAAAAAGUAAACAUCUCCCGAAAAAAUUAAUUUUCUCGUCAUUUUUGUGCUUUUAUAAUCGUAAAAACAAGGAAAAAGUGUCGAGAAAAGUUUGGUGUCCUUUUUAGACGAACAUGGCAAACACUCGUCGUCGAAUAACCUUGGGAGAAAUUCCGUUUAUGCGAGAUGCAUUGACGGCGCGCGACAGCCCGAACAUCCUGAGACCCACAUUAAUUGAUUCGCCCAUCAAUAACAUCCCCCUGAGCUACCUGAGUCCCCAAUUGUCGCCGGAUGAGCAAAUUAUCGCUGCUCGAGGUCGUCGUAGCAUCGUUUGGUCUCCGCAUCAUGAUCAUCCGCUCAAGUCGCCGCUCAAAACGCCCACGAAAAAGUUGGCUACGAUGCAACUUCGUUCAUCGCCUCGCAAACGUCUCAUGUCUGAAUUCGAUGGGAAACCGGAGCAAGUGCAACAUAUGACGCCCGAGAAGCAAAUUCAGCGAGAACGUAUCGUCGGGACAAAAGGCACGACUUCGGCAAGCAAAAAAAUACGCUUCGACGAUAUUGGGUCGAUGUCGAGACUCAAUCCAGAUGUGCCAUUUUCCAAGCUACUCAAGGGUUUGAGUAACGAUCAAUUGGUUCAAAUCAUCUUGGAUAGCGUCAAAAAGGAGCCCCAGCUAGAGGAAAGUAUUCGUCAAAACUUGCCGGCGCCCGAUUUGAAGCCUUUGGAGGAACGAUUGAACAUUUUAAAGCGAAAUAUCACAAAAGCUCUGCCCAAAACUCGAUUAUUGAGCAAAACAGAUGGUGCAGCUUACUCUCGAGCCGCUACCCAUGUCGCUGCUUUCAAAAAAUGCAUCUUUGAACAAAGCAAAACGCUCGCCGAAUCAUGUCAUUGGGACGCCCUCUUGGAUUACGUGAGCAUAGCAUGGGCUUAUGUCAAGGGAACUCCCGUUUGGGAGAAUCAGAAUCACAAUGCAGCACGUCGCUUGUGCUUCAAGCAACUCAUAAUGCAGGCAAAUAACGCUCUCGAUAACGGCGGCGUGUAUUUGGGCGAAAAACGACUACAAGAAUUCGCGGGAAGACUGAAAUCCAUGACGCUGGAUUGCGAAGAUGCCAAUUCCUGUCACGUUGUGGUCGAAAAGUUGCUCCAAAAAUGCUUCAUUAUCACUUAGGGGCGCUCGUAUUUAGUAUUGUAAUGUGUGAAAGACUACAUUUUUUAUAUUAAUCUGUUUUUCUUCUUCGUUAUAGUAGUUUAUUAUGAAUAUUUGUCAGCUAUAAUACCAAUUUAUAACUAAUUUUUUUAUAAAAAUCCCAAUAAACGAGAUAUUUUUUAAAAUCUUA